AUGGCGGGGGCGGCCGAUGUCGAGUCCUCGCUGGAGCUGAGCCUGACGGGCUCCGGGACGCUCCCCGGCGCGCUGCCCCCCGCCCGCUCGCGCAUCUUCAAGAUCAUCGUCAUCGGGGACUCCAACGUGGGCAAGACGUGCCUCACCUACCGCUUCUGCGCCGGCCGCUUCCCGCAGCGCACCGAGGCCACCAUCGGCGUGGACUUCCGCGAGCGGGCCGUCACCAUCGACGGCGAGCGCAUCAAGAUACAGCUGUGGGAUACUGCAGGCCAGGAGCGCUUCAGGAAGAGCAUGGUGCAGCACUACUACAGGAACGUACACGCCGUGGUGUUCGUGUACGACAUGACAAACAUUGCCAGUUUCCAUAGCCUGCCAUCCUGGAUAGAGGAAUGCAAGCAGCACCUUCUUGCCAACGAUAUACCACGGAUUCUGGUUGGAAAUAAAUGUGACCUGAGAAGUGCUAUUCAGGUGCCCACGGACCUGGCCCAGAAGUUUGCUGACACUCACAGCAUGCCACUGUUUGAAACCUCUGCCAAGAACCCCAAUGACAAUGACCACGUGGAGGCCAUUUUCAUGACACUGGCUCACAAGCUUAAAAGUCACAAGCCAUUAAUGCUUAGUCAACCCCCAGAUCAUGAUGAAAUACAUAUAAAGCCUGAAAUGAAACCUAUUGCAUCCUGCUGGUGUUAGGUCACAUUGUCAGUCUAUCACCUUGUCUUGUUUGCAAAUGCUUCAAAAUUAUGAUCUUGGCAAAGUUCCAGGUUUUGGUAGCAAUGAUAGCAAACCCCUUUGGCACUUUAAUGUUGUUUUAUUUUUUAAUUUUUCCUGGUGUAGAUGUGCCCAUCUUAUGCUCUUGCACUUUGUAAUUGUACUUCCAGAAUUACUAAAGUUUCACUAUAAACAUAUGGGAACAUAUUCACUUUGUCAAGUUUUGACAAAGCGAUUCUAGUUGAGUUCUUGCUGCCUGAGGUUGUUCUUAUCACUUAUGGUUAGAUUAAAAAUAGUAGGCCAGUUCACUAAUACUUUUGUUUGCUACUUGCAUUGGAAUAAUGUAGGAGAAAGAGCCUUUUGUGUCAACCAGAGAACUCGGGGUUUAGGUCAGCAGGGGGGGAGAUUUUUUGGCAUAUGAAGGAAUAUUUGGCGACUCCUAGCAAAUUGGAAAGCAGGUACCUCUAUUAUAAAAGCAAAGAAACCCCCAGAAAACAGAUCUGUCAAAGUUUGGGCUGCCAGUGUCAGUGCAAGUUGCUAGGUUUUGGCCUGUCAUUCCACUGUGAACUUGAACUUCAUGGCAGUGGUAAUGGAAUUGACUAACUUCUCCCUACCUCUAGACAGUUAUUAGAUACUUAAAACUUCAUUAAUUUUUCAUAAUUAACAUGUGAUUCCAAACUAUGAUAUGUUUAACCCAUGUUGGGGAAAGUACUGUAGCACAGGAUUUGGGGUAAAAAUUGGUACUCUGAUCUUACUAAAACUAAAUUAUGUAUUUCUGAAGGUGCUGUAUGUGAGUUGAGUGUCUCAGGGUAAGUAAAAGCAGUUGAGUAAGUAAAAGAAUGGGUGAAUUUAGCAAAAGCAUACUGGUUUUCAAAGAUUAGGGUUUGUGGGGCUUUAAGAGAUCAUGAGUGCUUCUCAAAUAUCUUGCAAAGUCAACUUGAUAACAUGUUUCAGGAAUGAGAAUACUUUGGAACAUGGUACAUUCUUAAAAUAUUUCCAAACACUAACUAAAUUAUGUCUUGAAACACAGAGUAAAUCUACCAAGCAGAUAAUCUCUUACAGAUUCUUGAGAGAAAACCUGCAUGUAUGAUGUGACUGUAUUUAUGGCAUCCUUGGCACUACUAAUGUGAGCUAGCAGGGCUUAGAUGAGGGAAAUUCUUCCUCUUGAACCACCUUUUUCGGUGUGCUCAUAGUUACAACUGGUUUUUUUUCAGUUCUGUCUGAAGAUCAAGCUUCACAAUAAGGUCAAGUUUCAUAAUAAAAAUGGUGCUAAGUUGCACAUAGUUGCAUAAAGUGAAAUGUAAGCCACAGAAUGCAAUCUAUGACUUCAUUCAUGUGACUUGGUUUUUGAAGUAUCAAUGAAGAGGGUUUAUUUAUUGGCAAUGUGUAGCGUGUGUUGCUUACUAGACACUAAAUGGAAGGGCAAGUUCAGAAGCUGCCACCCUAAUGAUCACAGUACCUGGUAUUAUGUAAACGAUUACAAUUGUUAAGAUGUAAUUUCAUUGCAACUUAUACAGAAAAAAAAUUCUUUGACUUUUUUCUAGAUUUUGAAAGAGCAUUUAAUUUGGUCUAAUAUGUUUAAGAUGUUUAAAAAUAAUAUAAACAAAAGGUAAUACUUUUUCCUAUAUAAAGCUGCUUCAAUUGUGACAAUAUUUUUGCUUAGGAAACACUUGUAAAAGGAAGCUUUUGUAGUCACUCUGAACCUUACAUGACUUGAACUUACAGUUGUUUCAGAAACAAUCACCUUUUUAACACUAGUGUCCUUAAUGAUUUCUUUAAGAAAAGGAUUGAUCUUCAAUUGAUAUUUAUACUAUGGUAAGUAAAUAUGGUUUACAGUCCUGUUGGACAGAUUAUUUUUCACUCAUGUCCUUAAUCCUUUUUCUGAGAAGGAUCCUUCUUAAUCAUUUGUAUACUAAAUAUGUCAGCAAGUUUUGGUGGUGGGUUGUGUUUUUUUGGGUUUUUUUUGUUUGUUUGUUUGUGUUUUUUUUUUUUUUAAUAAAAAAUAUCCCAGAAUUAAGAAUUCUAAAGCCAGUCAGUCAGGUUAGGGGUUGGGGUAAGAAAAUAACGUAGCUGCAGUGUUACUGUUAAAUUUGAUCUCAAACACCUGUACAUCUGUUAAGUUUUAUUUGAUUUACCACAAGUUGUAAAUAAGGGCCCUCAUGUCAUGAAGAUGAUGUGGAAAUGGUGUUCAAGUGUGUAAUUCCAUGUUCAGCACAAAGCAUGUUUUAAUGGUUCUGCCAUGAAGGCAGUGUGGUCAGUAAUGCAGGAUUUAGUGUUGCUCCCUGGCUUUCAGUGGUGAUGUUCUGCCCACAGAAUGGAUGUCAGAGCACUGAAUAUUUUGUCUGUGUAUUUUCACUUUACCAGACUGUAAAGUUUUGUAUGUGUUGGGGGCAGGCAAGGCACAAUCCCAGAAACCUAAUAAACUGGUUUUGCCACCAA